CCUGGAGCCCCAGGAGCGCAGCAUGGAGCCGCCGGCGGUGCCGGAGGAGGAGGAGGAGGAGGAGGAGAUGCCCCUCACCGCGGCGUCUGGCCCGGCGGGACGACAGCUCUUUGGUUACGUGGGAAUCGAAGCCGUGCUUGACCAGAUGAAAAUCAAAACCAUGAAGAUGGGCUUUGAGUUCAACAUCAUGGUCGUGGGGCAGAGCGGGCUGGGGAAGUCGACGAUGGUGAACACCCUCUUCAAGUCCAAGGUGAGCCGCAAAUCCUCGCAACCCAGCCAGGAGGAACGCAUCCCCAAGACGGUGCAGCUGCAAUCCGUCACCCAUGGUAAGUACCGCGUGGGGCAGCUCUACACCAUCAGCAAGCACAGCCACCAGGAGAGUGAGAAGGGCGAGGGCGUGGAGGUGGUGAAGAACGAACCCCACGAGGACCCCGUCCACGGCCCCGGCCAGUUCACCGAGAAGCGCGUCCACCUCUCCAGAGUACACGCGUCCUCGGGGCCAGCUGCCAGCCGCUCCCUGCAGUGCUCCUUCCUGCCCAAGUUCUCCAUCUACAUUGAGACCAAGUACGAGGACAACUGCGGGGACAGUGAGAACAUCUUCCACAGCGAUAAAAUCCUGGGCGACCACGAGGUCUCCUUCCUGGACAUCGCCUUCGACGAGAUCCCCGAGCGUUACUACCGCAGCCUGGAGCACCCCCGUUUCUUCAGCUCGGCCAAG